AUGCAUGGUUUCAGUUCCAUACCCCUCCAGUCAACGACAAGACAGUCCCGGCGACGAUUAGAUACCGCUGCCCCACAGAAUAUACUUCUCUUCCUUAUUGCAUUCCGCGCUCUGAAUGCGCUCUGCGUCAGGACUUUUUUCCAGCCAGAUGAGUUUUUCCAAUCGCUGGAACCAGCAUGGCAAAUAGCAUUUGGCAAAGACAGUGGUGCUUGGAUAACUUGGGAAUGGAAACAUCACCUACGAUCUUCCAUCCAUCCUUAUAUUUUUGCUGCGAUAUAUUAUCUAUCCAAUUUAAUAUCUGAAUCGAUAUGGAUAUCCCCGCUAAACCGCGCAAACCUCUUGGUCGUGGCUCCAAAACUCACACAAGCGUAUUUCGCUGCCAUUGGAGAUUUUUAUACUUGGAAGCUGGCUGGCAAAAUAUAUGGGAGUUACAGCUAUGAGGCCUGGGCUGCUUUAGCUCUGGCCGCCCUGAGUCCCUGGCAAUGGUUUUGUUCAACCCGAACAUUAUCAAACUGCCUUGAGACAACCCUUACAAUCGCCGCAUUGUAUUUAUGGCCGUGGGAAUGGCCAUCGGAGUCGCCCUCCUCCCAAGAAGCAGGUGUUAAAAAUGAAGUCACAAGAAACCGCUCCAUUGCACAUCGAAAUGGACCAAUGCCAUUUUCUAGCUUGCGGUUAUGUCUUCUUCUCGCUGCUCUUGCUUGCAUUCUACGCCCAACCAAUCUCUUGAUUUGGAUUUGUCUGGCAACUUUCGCUAUAUUCAAGACACCCAUGUCAGUCCACCAAGCGAAGACAUCCCUCUUCCUCAGACCGACCACCAAAGAACUUUUAACUUUUAUAUGUAAAGCCGCAGUCUCAGGAUCCGUUGUACUUGGGAUAUCAACACUCCUGGAUCGUUCCUUUUACGGCUCUUGGACGUUUCCCCCCUUUAAAUUUCUCUACUUCAAUAUCGCCCAAUCCCUUGCCAUAUUUUACGGAAGAAAUGACUGGCAUUACUACCUCUCUCAAGGCUAUCCACUUCUCCUCACGACAGCUCUUCCGUUCUCCUUAGUCGGACUUUUCCAAGCUUUAUUCAGAAACCAGAAAAGUUACACCAGUCAACAGAAUUCCAUAAGUCGCCAACUCGCAUUUGUAUGUGCGUUUAUGCCUGCUGUCCUUUCUCUAAUAUCCCAUAAGGAAGUUCGCUUUAUUUAUCCACUCCUCCCAUCCCUAAUAAUCCUUACCUCCCCGCCGUUGGUGAGAUACUUUCUACCCGCCAUAUCCUCCAGUUCGCCCUCAAAUUUCCCCCGUCGCCUCUUGUUAAUAUUCCUCGUUCUUGUGAACGUUUGUAUUUCCUACUAUACAACUGCGUCUCACGCUUCCGGCAUACUCAAGAUCAUGGAUUAUCUCCGUGCCCAAUACGAAAGUCACUAUUUGACUAAGAGCCCCACCAAGCUAGAAUCCCGAUCAGCCCUUGCUCUUUCUUCCCUAAUCCCGGCAGUGAUGACGGUUGGCUUCCUCAUGCCAUGCCAUAGCACCCCCUGGCGCUCCCAUCUUGUCUUCCCUGGCAUCCAAGCAUGGGCUCUGUCAUGUGAACCACCAGUAAACCUCAACUCAGUCGAAAAGGCCGAUUACCUCGAUGAAGCAGAUCAAUUUUACGCCGAUCCCCUUGCUUUCCUCCAAAAAAAUAUGAAAGGGGGAUUACGAGACUUCCCCCGAAAACCCUCCUACAAGCUAACCAACCAGCCACCCACACCCUCACUAUCCCCCAUCACCACUAAUACAACUACCUGCAACCAUACCUGGCCCGACUACCUCAUCUUCUUCUCCCAACUGGAACCCACCCUCCUCACCGCCAUGCACAGUUCAUCCUACUCAGAAUGCUACCGCACCUGGAACACAGCUUGGCACGACGACUGGAGACGCAAAGGUGACAUCGUUGUCUGGUGCCUAGACCUAACGAUCCAGCGCGACUGGCGCGAGCACACGCGCCACCAAUACGAGGCUAACUGGCAACAGGGCAUAGUGGAGCGCGAAAGACAACUGGAUAAGAUAAUCGAUGGGUUUCGUCGGGAGGCGACGCGGGGGUCCUCAUGGUUAGGAUCCCGGCGGGGAACGGGGGUCCAGGAAGUGGUGGCAGGUGUCCUGGUCCUGGUCGCGGCCUUCUAUCUCGUCCCUGCAGCGGAAGGCCAGAAGGUGGCAGUUGACCUGGUCGUGGCCGUGGUCGUGGAGGUGGAGGAGGAGGCGGACUAG